AUGUUCUGCAAGGCUUCCUUGGUGACUCUCGCGCUGGCCUUGCUGUCUACUGCAAUUACUGCGCACGAGCAUGCCGGAGUAGCCAUCCCCUUCCAGAAGCGCAACUCCCUCACCAAGGCGGACGGCACUUUCGACUACGUCGGGACAGUGAAGCACGGCGUCAAGAUUGCCAACAAGUACCGUAAUAACCUGCUCAACCUCCAGCGGAACACCGGCCAGCUCCCUCCUCAGGUGUCCGUCAUCCCCCCACUCGCCGCGCUCCCCGCGCGCCUCGCCGCCCUCGAACACGAGAAGCGGCAGAAGGUGCCCCUGACGGACCUCAACGACGACGAGGAGUGGGGUGGGCACAUCACGAUCGGCACCCCGCCCGUCUCGUUCUUUGUCGAUUUCGACACGGGCUCGUCCGACCUCUGGAUCCCCGCAUCUUCGUGCAUGUCGUGCGGCGCGCAGCACGGAAAAUAUGACCAGGGGAAGUCGUCGACCGGCGCGAAGAAGAACGGGACUUUCACAAUCACGUACGCGGAUGGAUCGGGGGCGAGUGGGCCCGUCUAUACCGACACCGUUGUGGUUGGGGGCGUCAAGGCGACCACACAAUACUUCUCUGCCGUCACCGAGGAGUCUUCUGAGCUAUCCGAAGGGAGUACGGACGGGAUCCUGGGGCUCGCCUUCCCCGCUAUCUCCAAUCUGGGACAGAACCCCUUCUUCUUCACGGCCAUCGCGAACAAGUCCGUCACGCAGCACGUGUUCGCAUUCAAGCUCGCCACGAACGGCUCGGAGCUCUACGUCGGCGGCACGAACACGGCGCACUACUCUGGCUCGAUCGAGUACCACAACGUCUCAUCCGACAUCGGCUACUGGGAGAUCGGCGGCGCGAGCGUGCACGUCGACGGCAAGACGGUCAGCGAUAUCCCGGAGUUCGAGACGAUCAUCGACUCGGGCACGACGAUCAUGUACGGGCCCCCGGCGGACGUGAAGACGGUGUACGAUGCGGUGAAGGGGUCGAAGGUGUACAAUGAGGGGGAUGGGCUGUACUCGUACCCAUGCGAUUCACCUCCGGCGCUGGCGUUCAGCUGGGGCGGGAAGUCGUGGACUGUGAGCGAGACCAACUUCAACCUUGGCGAGACGGUGUCCGGAUCUGGAGACUGCGUCGGAGCGCUGUCCGGCAUGGACUUCGGCCUCGGGAGCGGGGUCUGGCUGCUUGGGGACAGCUUCAUGAAGAAUGUCUAUACCGCGUUUUCCGUCUCGCAGAAUGCAGUUGGCUUUGCCACUUUGAAGUGA